AUGGCCCGCGCUCAGGUAAUGCUCAUGGCCGUCGCCUUGGUGCUGAUGCUCGCGGCGGUCCCGCGCGCUGCCGUGGCCAUCGACUGCGGCCACGUUGACAGCUUGGUGAGACCCUGCCUGAGCUACGUUCAGGGCGGCCCCGGCCCGUCUAGGCAGUGCUGCGGCGGCGUCCAGACCCUCCAUAACCAGGCGCAAUCCAAGAGCGAUCGCCAAGCCGCUUGCUACUGCCUCAAGGAUAUCGCUGGUCGCAUCCACAAUCUCAACAAGGACAACGCCCGCAGCCUCGCCCCCAAGUGCGGUGUCGACCUCCCAUACCACAUCAGUCUCGACAUCAACUGCAACAGGUGA